AUGAGCAUAGGCCUGGGAAUCCCCCGCGUCCGGGGCCACCUCGGCGAGGAGAAACGCAGCGGUGGCUGGGGCAGCGCCCCCGGGGCUGCUGUCACCCCGGGGCCGAGCCGCUCCCCGGUCCCCGGCGGCCGCCAAGGCGCGGCGCCGCCCAGCGGGAGCGGGCGAGAGGGCGGCUCCGCCGCGGCGAGGCCGCGGCCGCGGCGGGAGCCGCCGCCCCUCCCGAGGGCCCGAGGCUCCGAGAUCCUGUUCGGGGUCGCGCCCUGCGCCCUGGCGCUCGCCCGGGCCCGCAGAACCUUCUUCAGGCUCUUCCUCAAGGCGCACAGCGGCCCGCCGCGGCUCGCCGCCAGCGAGCUGGCCCUGCAGGCCGCGGCCCGCGGCGUCCCGGUGCUCCGCGUCCCCGGGAGGGAGCUGAACGCCCUUUGCAGGGGCCGGGUCCACCAGGGCGUUUGUUUAGAGGCCACUCCUCUCCGCUGCAAGAGCGUGGAGGAAGCCGAAGAGCCCGGUUUGGGCGCGGAGGGUGGUCCGAGCCGCCAGGUGAUCUGGCUGGCGCUGGAGCGGAUCCAGGACCCCAUGAACCUGGGGGCACUGCUGCGCUCCGCGUACUUCCUCGGCGUGGACGGAGUGGUGACGAGCCAGACGAACAGCUGCCCCUUGACUCCAACAGUGAGCAAAGCUAGCUCUGGAGCUAUGGAAGUCUUUGAUGUCUACAGCACAGAUAAUCUUCAGAAUUUUCUGAAGGCUAAAACUGCAGAAGGCUGGGAAGUCGUGGGAACAGUCAGCAGGACUGAGGCUGCAGAAAAUAUUCCUGUCAUUGAUUGCUUGGAAUUUCAGUGGAAUAAACCCAUUAUUUUAGUAAUAGGUAGUGAAGGUGAUGGACUUUCCCUGGAGACGCAGCACUUGUGCCGUCGGAUGCUAGUCGUACCCCCUGGAAGAGCACUUUGCCCAGGGAUUGAAUCACUGAACGUCUCUGUUGCUACUGGUAUUCUCCUGCACUCCAUCUGCAGCCAAAAACGGAAGCACGGUGAUUGAUGUUAUCCUGGCAGGUGGUGGAAACCAUGUAGCCCAGACCUUUUGACGGGGGAAGCUGCUCGGUAUUACAUUCAGCUGGAAUAGAUAUGGAAGUACUCCUUCCAGGGUCUUUGUCACUGCAAGCUAUAGGGAGAGACCCACUGAACUGAGCUCUGUCUUGGCUGACGAACUGCACCGCCCAGGCCCUGGCUCAGCACUGAAUUCAGGCCGUCUGCACUCCGUUAGGUUACACCUCUUGGAGGAAAGGUUGUAAGGAAUGUGGCAAAGCUAGACUUUGAAGGCAGCCAGCCAAAUCCUUCGUUUUUUUUUUUUUUUUUUUUUUUUUUCAGUAAACUAUCUAGUGAUGGCUGUAAGCCUUGUUUGUCACAUGGGGGGCUGUGUACAUCACACAGACUGCAGACAGGAUUUUGGGCUGUAACUGCGAGAUGGUGUUUGGCUGGUGCUGCCUCUGAAAGCAGUUGUGCCCCGUCCACUGCCACCUGCCUCUGGAUGCCCUGUGCCUGGGCCCUCUGCCCUUCUGGCAACCAAGAGGGCUGAGCUGGCCAAAGGGCUGAUGCAGCUGGAAACUAGCCUGGAGCAAGAGAGAAAUCCUCCAAGCCAGGUGAGUUCCCUGCGUGACUGUGCAGCUGGCUCCAGCUCUUUGCUGCGAGGUGGUUCCUCUGUUACGUAUUACUGCUUGAGUGUCUGGAAAUACUGUGUUGUAUUUGAUUGUGAAAUGCCAAAGGAUGGACACAAUCCAUCAGAACAGAGCUGACGUGGGGAAAAAUGCAGUCCAUUGAAAUAAAGCCCUGUAAAGAUUUGUUGUA